AUGCUUGAAAAAAUUGCAUUUAAGAAAAUUAAUACACAGACUUUUUUCACAAUACCCUGGACUAAUGCUCAAGGUGAAAGGAGUAAGCGGCCAUUCGAUAACGGACAUGGCUGGGACAUAAGAUUAGCGGUUCCAGGAGAACCGGGAAAUGACUACCCAACAUUGAAUUCCAUACCACGAACAACUUUCACAUGCUCUGGAAAGGAUCCAGGAUAUUACGCAGAUAUUGAAACAAAUUGCCAAGUUUUCAGAGUGUGUACUUUAGGUUCUACAUAUGGAUUUCAGUCAUUCUUAUGUCCAAAUGGAACAUUGUUUAACCAAGAAGUCUUCGUGUGUGAUUGGUGGAUGAAUGUCAACUGUCAAAAAACAAGAGAAAUCAUCAAUAACAACAAUGAAAAGUUUAGAAAUCUAAAACUAGGUCCACAGUUUAUGACUGAUAUUAAAAAAAUGAUAACACAUCCCAUCAGAAAUCCGUAUGAUAGAUCAAAUGUUAAAAAUAAUCUUAUUUUUAUGCAAGUAUAUAAGCCACCGCUUGGUCAGUUAUAUAACGAAGCACUACUUAGAAAUUUAGAGAGAAAUACAAAUGACAUUUUUUCAAAAAAUAAACAAGAGCAAAAGUCAUACCAAGAUCCCUUCACAAAUGAUAUUACUUCUUCAGCUUCAACUCCUACAACACAAUACAUCCCAAACUAUAUAUUCCAAAAUCAGUUACAAAAUAGUCCAUAUUCACAGCUACAAAGCUUAACAUCUAACGCUCACAGUGGACAAACUUCACAAACAAGAGGUCAAGAUAUGGUGUAUUAUAAUAAUAACAUACAGCCAAUUCGCUCACCAAUUUCCAGUCAUACUAAGGCACAAAUACAAUCAUAUAAUAACAGUAAUAUUAACAAAAAUAAACAAGCUCAAUUUGGUCUAGAAUUUUCAAAACAACGCUUAAAUAAAAACAUCAAUAAUGAAAAGAAAUUGUAUACACACGAGUCUACACAAGCUAGAUUUUUAAAAGAUACUGUUGGUCAAAAAGAAACAGAAACAAAGCAAAACUUGGAUUUGGUCUUUUCAUUUUUGGCAGACUCAAUUAAUGCGGCUAAAGAAAACAGCAAUAUAGCACAGCAAAACAUAUUGUAUCAAGCACCGACACAGCAGUUCCAAAAUAUACAAAAUGAUCAAUUACAGCAAAUAUCACAAGACAUCUCUCGAUUAACAUCUUCACAAUUUACUGGAGCAAAUCCGUCUGGUUACUACAGAUCUUCAAAUGCUAUAAAAACAUCUAAUACAAAUUUACCAAGCAGAAAUAGAGAAAACAUUUUAAGCAAUUUCACUAAUUCACAAAAACAACAAGAAACUCAAGAAAAUAUCUUACCAUCACAAAAUCUGAUUUAUUCAGCUAAUACUGACAAAAUAUACAGUGGACAAUUAUACCAACUUCCAGUACCGGUUGUAACUAAGCAAAUAUAUAAUUCACCCAUCCCUUCAAUUUCUAACUAUAUAUUAUCUACAAACUUAGUUCCAACCAAUUCUCCGGUUGAUACAAAACAAAGACAGGAUCAAGGAAAUUUGAACGAAGUUGAAAUUAUUCCAUCGCAAAUCAUCCCAACAAGUGCUUAUGAGUCUAAAACUCACCAAAACGAACAAGAAUCCGACCAAGGCAGUGCUGCUAAUGUCUUUAUAGAUAAUUUUAGAGUUCCUUCAAAUGCUAUACGAACACAUGUACAUGAUAAUAUCAUUGGUACCAUACCUCAUCCCUUGGAAGAAGACAAAUUGAUAACGUAUAAAAAAGAUCAAUCUUACUACAUUUAUACACAUUUGAAUAAUAACUAUGAUAACAUUAUUGGUAAUAAUCGUAACACAAUUGACGUAAAUCAAGAAUUUGCUGGAAAUAGCAGAUUAGUUAAUCCGUCCUUCCAACUUCUUCCGUCCCUGAGCUAUAAAUUAGAAGAUGAAAAAGAAAAACAGAAAUUUCUAAACGUUUUUCAGAUAGAUAAUUUUGGAAAUCCUAAACAAAAUACAUUCCCUAAUUUAGAAAAAAAUACAAAUAUCGAACGACGCCAAGAUAUUAGUACUGAUGUAGAUUUCACUAUUAGUCACCCUACAUCAUCGAGUAAUGUUGAAAAUUCAAGCUACUUGUCUGCUUUAUACGAUGGACCAUCAUCAUAUUCAGCUCCCCAAGCAUCAGUGGGCAGCUUGGCAGGUAAACAAAAUUACCAGAGUGAUUCAACAUUUCAUGGCAAUUUAGAAAAAUUCGAUACCACUGAUAACAAUGCUGGUUAUCCGAAAAUUAAUCCUCUGAAGAAAUUUAUAUUCUAA